AUGGCUGCAGAGAAUUUCACUCAAGUGAUGGAGUUCGUCCUCAUGGGAGUCUCAGACCGGCCAGAGCUCCAGGUCCCCCUCUUCUUCGUCUUCCUGCUGAUCUACGGACUGACCGUGGCAGGGAACCUGGGCAUCAUCACCCUCACCAGCGUGGACGCUCGUCUUCAGACACCCAUGUACUUUUUCCUGAGACACUUGGCAAUCAUCAAUCUCGGUAAUUCUACUGUCAUUGCCCCCAAAAUGCUGGUCAACUUCUUGGUUAAGAAGAAAACCAUCUCUUACUACUGCUGUGCAGCUCAACUCGGUGGCUUCUUAGUUUUCAUCGUGGCUGAGAUUUUCAUGCUGGCAGCAAUGGCCUACGACCGCUACGUGGCCAUCUGCAACCCUCUGCUCUACAUGGUUGUGGUGUCUCGACAGAUCUGCCUUCUGCUCGUAUCCCUCACCUACCUGUACAGUCUGACCACAGCACUGACUGUCUCCUCCUGUGUCUUUUCCAUGUCAUACUGUUCUUCCAAUGUAAUCAAUCACUUUUACUGCGAUAACGUCCCUUUGUUAGCCCUGUCCUGUUCUGAUACCUACAUUCCAGAAACAGCCGUCUUUACAUUUUCAGGGACCAAUUUAUUUUUUUCCAUGAUCAUUGUGUUGGUAUCCUACUUCAAUAUCGUCUUAGCCAUUUUGAGGAUACAGUCCUCAGAAGGAAGACAAAAAGCUUUUUCUACCUGUGCCUCUCACAUGAUAGCUGUCACUGUGUUCUACGGGACUCUCUUAUUCAUGUAUUUGCAACCAAGGACCAACCACUCAUUAGACACUGAUAAGAUGGCCUCUGUCUUUUAUACCCUAGUGAUCCCAAUGCUGAAUCCUCUCAUUUAUAGUCUAAGGAACAAGGAGGUAAAAGAUGCACUGAAAAGAUUAUGGAAGAACCCAUGCCAAUCGCUCAAAGUGCUAUAA